AUGGACGCUGAGGCCUACCUCAAGCGCCACGGCUGGUCCGGUCCCGGCAACCCACUGAACAAGAACGCUCGCCCAGGUCCACACGGUGGUCUGGGCCUUACACGCCCUAUUCUCGUCGCGCGAAAGCAGAACAACCACGGUGUUGGAAAGAAAGUGACCAAGGACUCUGCGACGAACCAAUGGUGGCUGCGUGGAUUCGAAGAUGCGCUGAAGAGCGUAGGCGAAGAGAAAACCGAGACAUCUGCCUCAACUUCGAACGCGCUCACAAGUGAACUAUACCGCUUUUUCGUUCGCGGAGAAGGUCUCGCUGGCACACUUCAUGACGACAAAUCCUCCAAGUCAAAGUCCUCCAAGUCCAAGCGCAAGCGCGAUGACGAAGAUGAGGGCGAUCGCAAGGCAGCCAAGAAGCAGGAGAAGGCUGCCCGGAAAGAGGAGAAGCUCAAACGACGGAAAUUGAAGGAGGAGUCUGAGACUGUCUCUGCCUCGAGUGAUUCCGGGGAAGAGAAGCGCAAGGAGAAGGAGAGUAAGGAGGAGCGCCGGGCAAGACGGAAGGAAAAGAAAGAGAAGAAGUUGAAGAAGUCUGCCGAGGAAGACUAUCCCACACCGGUGUCGAUGGAAGAAGAAUCGGAUCUGAAUGCCACUGAAUCUUCAACCCGAACAAAGGAUAAGAAGAACAAGGAGAAGAAGGAGCAGAAGAGCAAGACAAGCAAAAAUACCAAGGAAAGCGAUGAAGACACAGACUCAAAGAAGUCUAAAAAGGAAAAGAAGGAAAAAAAAAGGUCCAGAAGCACCUGA